UGUUACACGGAAUUACUUGGAUUGGCUCACAUCUAUCCCAUGGGGUAAAUGCAGUGAAGAGAACCUGGAACUCACCCGAGCCCAGGCAGUGCUGGAGGAGGAUCACUAUGGGAUGGAUGAUGUCAAGAAACGAAUUCUGGAAUUCAUAGCAGUCAGCCAGUUGCGAGGGUCAACUCAAGGGAAGAUUCUUUGUUUUUAUGGCCCUCCUGGAGUUGGAAAGACUAGCAUUGCUCGCUCCAUUGCUAGAGCAUUAAACAGAGAGUAUUUCCGCUUCAGCGUUGGAGGAAUGACUGAUGUGGCAGAAAUCAAAGGACACAGGAGGACAUACGUUGGAGCAAUGCCAGGAAAAAUAAUCCAGUGCCUAAAGAAGACCAAAACAGAAAAUCCCCUUAUCCUGAUUGAUGAGGUAGAUAAGAUAGGGAGAGGUUAUCAAGGAGAUCCAUCUUCAGCCCUUCUAGAACUGCUGGACCCAGAACAGAACUCCAAUUUCUUGGAUCAUUACCUUGAUGUUCCAGUGGAUUUGUCAAAGGUGCUUUUUAUUUGUACCGCCAAUGUAACUGAAACCAUUCCAGAGCCACUGAGGGACAGAAUGGAAAUAAUCAACGUAUCGGGAUAUGUUGCAGAAGAGAAAAUUGCCAUUGCAGAGAGAUACUUGGUCCCUCAAGCACGUGUCCUAUGUGGUUUAGAUGAAAGCAAGGCCAAGAUAACAUCAGAUGUGUUGACAGUUCUUAUCAAGCAGUACUGUAGAGAAAGUGGAGUGAGAAAUCUGCAGAAGCAGGUGGAAAAGGUAUUAAGGAAAUCUGCUUAUAAAAUUGUCAGUGGAGAAGCAGACACAGUUGAAGUAACACCUGAAAACUUGCAGGACUUUGUUGGAAAGCCUGUCUUCACCGUGGAUCGAAUGUAUGAUACCACUCCUCCUGGAGUAGUGAUGGGUCUGGCCUGGACAGCUAUGGGAGGUUCCACUCUGUUUAUUGAAACAUCCUUACGGCGACCCAAAGACAUGGAAAAUAAGGAUGGAUCUCUCGAAGUAACAGGCCAGCUGGGAGACGUGAUGAAAGAGAGUGCCAAAAUAGCUUACACUUUUGCACGAUUUUUCCUGAUGCAGAAGGAGCCUGGCAAUGAUUUUCUUGUCACCUCCCAUAUCCAUUUGCACGUGCCAGAGGGAGCGACUCCAAAGGAUGGACCAAGUGCAGGGUGUACAAUAAUAACAGCCUUACUGUCACUGGCCAUGAAUCGUCCAGUGAGGCAAAAUGUGGCCAUGACUGGAGAGGUGUCAUUAACUGGAAAAAUUCUUCCUGUUGGUGGAAUCAAGGAGAAAACUAUAGCGGCCAAGAGAGCUGGUGUUACCUGCAUCAUUCUUCCAUCAGAGAACAAGAAGGACUACUAUGACCUUGCUGACUUCAUUACAGAGGGACUAGAAGUUCAUUUUGUUGAACACUAUAAAGAAAUAUUUGACAUAGUAUUUUCAAAACCUGAUUCUUCUGGAGGUUGACUAAAAUAUUUGUAUUGAAAAUUGGUCUGUUCCUGACUGCUUUACCCCAGUCCAGAAACAAGAGGGAGCAUAAAUAUUGCUGCUGCGCAGCCACUCAAAUGGAUGACGGGUUAAUUUACCACCACCUUGGUUAGAAUGAAGUAUUUCUCAUGUAUAAAUACAAAGUGAAUUAUGAUUUAAGUAAAAUAUUUC